AUGAACUCUUAUGACCUCUCAAGUCCUACUAAUUUUAAGAUAAAGAUAUGUUAUGGAAAUAUGGCUUUAUUGUACCAUGGUCUUAAUCAAACAGAACUUGCCCUGCGGCACAUGUCACGGGCAUUACUUCUGUUGAGUUUGUCAUCUGGCCCAGAUCACCCAGAUGUUGCUGCAACUUUUAUAAAUGUUGCAAUGAUGUAUCAAGAUAUUGGAAAGAUGGAUACAGCCCUCCGUUAUUUGCAAGAAGCCUUGAAAAAGAACGAAAGACUGCUGGGAGAGGAACACAUUCAGACUGCGCAUGAGAAGAAAACAUAUGAUAUUCUCAUCAAACAACUUGGAGAGGAUGACUCUAGGACACAGGAUUCUCAAAACUGGAUGAAAACAUUUAAGAUGCGUGAGAUGCAGAUGAACGCACACAAGCAGAAAGGCAAAGCUUUAAAUGCUGCUUUUGCUCAAAUGGCUAUUGAUAUUCAAAAGGCUCAUCCUGAUCUAAUACAUGCUUUUCAAGUGGCUGCUGCUUCAAACAAACCGGGCCAUACGAAUGUUGGUAGUGAAGCACUUCCCCGAGGGCGGGGUGUAGAUGAAAGAGCCGCUCGAGCUGCUGCGGAGGCUUUACCACCCCUUACCCAGCUUCUUAAUAUCAUAAACUCCGGAAUGACACCUGAUGGAGUGAACAAUGAGGUGACUGAUGGAGAGAAAAAGGAAUCAAAUGGACAUGCUUCAAAUGGACCACAAUUUCCCGAAGAUGACCAAUCCAAACCCGUUCAACAGGAUCAGACUCCAGCCGGAUUAGGCUCCGCCUUGGCUGCAUUGGAUCCAAAAAUGCAGAAAACAAAAGCCAAAGCCACCGCGUCUUGA